CAAAGCUGAUCCGGAGACUCCAGUGAAACCUACCUGCUGUCUGUUCUCUACUAAGCAGCUAGAAUGUCUGAUAAACCUCCACCUGAGCAGUUAACAGUCGCUCUGCUUGGAAAGAGAGCUGAGUUAAGGAACAUCAUUGGAAACAUGAUCCUUGGUAGUAAUGCUUUCAACACAGAGUCAAACAUCCUCGUCGUGGGAGAGACCAGCUCAUUCAAAAUCAUAAACACUCCUGAUUUCUUUGAUGAAGAAAGUCUCCUCCCGGACCAGCACAUUAUUGACUUAAUGGCACUGUCUCAUCCUGGCCCCGAUCUGUUCAUACUGACAAUAGAUCCAGAAAACACCCAAGAGGUAGAUGUUGUGGCUCAGAUCAGCAAACUUGAGCAUACGUUUGGAGAAAAAAUCACAGAACACUUGGUUGUUACGUUACCAGACAUGGAAAGCUUCCACUCACUCGGCCAUCUGAAGGAAAUCUUCAACAUCUGGUUGGCACCCGAUGAAAGUAUGGCCAGUGAAUGUAGGAAGUGGUGUUCUGACCGUGACCCUUUCCUGUAUGACUACAAAAACUACAGUCAAGAUGUUGUGACUAAAAGGAAGACAGCCUUAGAGAAGAUCCUAGAGAAGCAAAGGUGUGGUGGUGAUCCUCUGUGCCACCAUGGGAGAGCAGGUAACAUUGCCAAUGGAGUACCAAACAUAUUUAACAUCAUUCUACUAGGACUAACUGGGACUGGAAAGAGUGCAUCUGCAAACACCAUCCUGACUGCUGGAGACUGCGAUCUGCAUUCAGGACAACUUUUUAAGUCUGAGCCAAGCUCUAUGCCGGUCACCACCCAGUGUGAGGUCAAAAUAACGAUGAAGCCAUUUGGGGCUCCAGUGAGAUUGGUCGACACUCCAGACUUCUUUAACGACCAACUUGAACACUCCCAGGCACAUGUGGAGGAGUGUAAGAUGUACUGUCAGCCAGGGCACUGUGUGGUGUUACUCGUACUACAGCUCAGCCGGUUUACAGAUGCUGAGGUAGGAAUAUUAGAAAAGCUGGAGGACAAGCUUGGCUGGAAGAUCAGAGAAAGCACAAUCGUACUGCUGACCCACGGAGAGGACCUGGAAGGAAGUCUGGAGGAAUUCAUUGACGCACGUGCUCCUCUUAAAAACAUUGUUGAAUCGUGCAGCAAUCGUUAUCAUCUAUUUCGCAACACCUCUGACAAUAAAAAGCAAGUCUUUGAGCUCAUCAAGAAAAUUCCAAAUUAUAACACAAGGUUCCCAAAAUUAACAGACAAAACAUUCAUUUCAGAGUGCUUUGUAUGUUAGCUUGGCUGUAUUUUGCAUUAUCAGACCAAUGAUCAGAGCAAGCCUAUACCUGGUCAUCAUGGAGCUUAUUGCAUUGCAUUACUUCUCCUACUCCUGUGUAACUUGUAAAUGUACAUUUUGUCAGUGAUUCAAAUAGGUCUGAUAUUGUGCCCAUUGAUGGCUGGUAAUGCUGGAAAACAGUUGACCACACAGAGCAUUGUAAGUUAGAUUGAGAAAGGGGAUGUCACCUUCCUAACUAGCUGUUUAUUUUUAUGAAAAAUAUUGAUAAACAAAUUAAUUUAGCCAUUUAAAGUGACAGAUUCUAACUAGAGACAAAAAAUCUACUCCAUGUUCAUCAUAAACAUCUGAAAAUAUAAAUGACUCAAAAAAAUCGGUAGAGAAAUGUAAACAUUAUAUUGCUUUUAAUCCAAAAAAACUGCAGCUCCCUGAUUUACUUGUAUUUGUUUACAUCCUAUUCUUUCCUUUGUCUAGUAUGGUGGUGACGCUGAUGUAUCCCAGCAACAGGUCGAUGCGGCCAAUGCAGCGUCUAUGUAAAUAUUUCUAUGGUGUUUAAUAGCGAGCUGUCUUCUUCUUCACUGCUUUGAGGGCGCAUUGAAACUUUUUUGUACUUUACCACCACCAAUUGUCGAUGUGCAAAAUAACAUAAAAUUAUCAGUGUUUGUGUUUUUCAUUAUGUACACAAUAAAACCGAAAUUGCUCCAACGCACGAAUAAUAGUCAAAAAUGCCACAAGUAACCUGUAGUACAUCCAUGGGAUAUGGUGCUGAGGAGAAACUUAGGUGUGGUGUGACGUUUACGUUAUUUCAUUUUUGUUUUUCUGAAGUGCACAUCAAGAUUAUUCAAAGGGCUCAACAAUAAAGUUAACUAUAAAAUAUCCUUUACGUGUUUUGAACCCUAAGAAAGCAACACAAUAGAAAUCAUUUCUAAUAUGUAGAGAUAUGUAACUGUGGCACAGAGCUGGUGAGAUAGCUUCCUCCAUUUUGGACUUUCAGUUCAAAGGUCAGCAUUGUCAAGUAAAUACAUACUGUAUGACAUAAAUUGUUUGCGUGACUUCUGUUUAUUACAGUUUGUGUUGAAUAAAUAUUUGUUUAUAUGUGUGAA